AUGCUAGCCUCGUUGCUGUCGCGCUGCUGCUGUUGCAGGUGGGCGCGGAUCGAAGCCGACCAGGCGGCACGGCGGUUCGGCGGGGCGGCGCGCCGGAAGGCCAAGGAGAGGCCGCGCACGAGGAUGCCGACGCCCAGGAAGGGGCUGACGAUCGCGGUGGAGGGAUGCUGCCACGGCGAGCUGGACAGGAUCUAUGCCACCUUAAAGGCCAUCGAGGACCAGCAGGGCAAGAAGAUUGACCUGCUAGUCUGCUGCGGCGACUUUCAGGCGGCGCGCAACCUGGGCGACUUGGAGUGCAUGGCCGUGCCUCCCAAGUACAGGAAGAUAAUGGACUUCUACAAGUACUACAUGGGGAAGGUGGAGGCGCCUUAUCCGACGCUGUUCGUUGGCGGGAACCAUGAGGCAAUAAACCAUUUGCGAGAGCUGUACUAUGGUGGUUGGGUGGCCAAGAAUAUAUACUUCAUGGGAUACGCGGGUGUUGUGAAUUUCGGAGGUCUUCGAUUUGGGGGCAUCAGCGGCAUUUUCAAUGAACGACAUUAUCACAUGGGCCAUUUUGAGAGACUUCCGUACACUGACAGCAAUAUGAGGAGCGCCUACCAUGUGAGGGAACUGGAGGUGUUUAGGCUCAAGCAGAUAAAACGGCCUUUGGACGUUUUUGUGUCUCACGACUGGCCAAGGGGCAUCGUGGAGUGGGGAGACAAGCAGUUGCUGAUAAACAGGAAGCCCUUCUUCAAGAAUGAGAUCGACAGCCAUAGACUGGGGAGCCCCGUUGCGGCAGAGCUCCUGAGAGCUCUGAAACCUGGACACUGGUUCUCUGCACACCUGCACGUCAAGUUCCCCGCCGUCGUGGACCACAAGGGAACUGGCAAGAUCACCAAAUUUCUGGCUCUGGACAAGUGCCUCCCCAAGAGAGACUUCAUUCAGCUCGUCAACUUUCCUCAGGCAACGGGCCCACACGAGUUCUCCUACGAUGAGGAGUGGCUGGCAGUUCUGAGGGGAACGCAUCAGCUGAUGAAUGUUGGUCGUGGGCGAUGUGUCCUGCCAGACAUGGAUGGUCCCUCCAGAGAGGACCUGGAAUUCGUUUGCGACAAGCUGGCGGCCCAUGGAGCUGAAAUCCCCCACAACUUUGAGCGAACAGCAGAGCCUUACUCCUCCAGGGUGGUGAGGCCCAAGGGGGAGCCUAGGCACCAGAGGAAGCCUGAUGGGGAGAGGUCCCCCCAGGGCGGUCCACCCACUCGGGGCAGGAUGCCCUCUGUGGACAGCGUGCAUCCACAGACGAUGAGGUUCCUCAACAUGUUAGAGCUGCCCUACAACUUGCACUAUGGGCAGGACGAGAAGCUGCAUCUGCCUCAAUACUCUGCUGCUGGGCAGGGGAUGGGAUAUGAGGGGCCUCAAAACGUCACAAACCCUGAAGAGAUUUCAUUAGACGAAGAGGAUGAUGUUGACGACGACGAGCUUGACUGUUGUCAUGGUCGCGGCGUCGAGCAUGUGGAUGACGAUGAGGAAGAUGGGCAGGGAGGAGGGAAAGAGGGGUCGGAACAAGCUACUGUGUGUGUGGAUCAAACGUCGCUUCAAGACACUGAGGACUUGCGUAGAGCUACAGAUGUUGGAUUAUGA